AUGUUGAAACGGAUUCUUGUACUUGAUUUUGAUGGCACUAUCACCACUAGUGAUACCACCAGUAUCAUUGGGCAAUCUGUUUACAAUUUGAAAUCAGUACCUGUCGCAUGGACUCAUUAUACCAAGAUAUACGAGGAAUGCUAUAUUCCAAAACCAGAGAAUUUGGCACCUGAUGCUUGGAAAGUGGUUUGUGAUUAUGAACGUGCAAGCAGAAGGUGUGAGCUAAGUUCAAUCAACGAACUAGAAUUGCAGGAUCAUUUUAAAGAUGUGGUGAUCAAAGAUCUCCUGCAGCUCGUUAAGGAAAAAGUAGAUAUCAGACCUGGAUUACAGGAGCUGAUGCAGCAGUAUAACAAGACGUACGUGCUUUCGUUGAACUGGUCCAAGGACCUCAUACACGACCUAACGGGUAUUUCCAAAUCGGAUAUCUACUGUAACGAAUUAAAAUCACGUGAUGGGGAAGUUUACAGCGGACAAUUUACAAAGCAAAUAUUGACCGGUUGGGACAAGUACGAGAUGUUGAAAGAGAUUUGCGAUUUAGACAAAGUGCAAGGGGACCAGAGCAUAACUUAUAUUGGAGAUAGUUUUGGCGAUUUGCCUUGUAUUCUGGCAAAAGAAGUAGAUGGAUACAUUAUUGGCGAUCGCUUGAAGCAUUUGGAUAUAGAUGUUCCUACUAUUCAAAGGUUCGAUGAGGUAAAAUGUUAA